AAAGAGGUGGGGCUGCCACAGCUCCCUCCACCCUUGCCCAGACCCGAGUUCAGCUGCUGCUGCUGCUGCUUUGCCAGUGGCAGUCGUCCCUGUGCACUGUAACCUCGGCAUCCUCGGAGCAUCCAGCAGCUGCCAGGCACUUGCAGCCCUCUCAUGAAUGUCUUUCUUUAUCUCCAAGUGGCUGACUUCUGUUUCUCAAGGCUACUGUUUUCCAUCUCCUCGCUUAAAUACUGUAUCUUCUUCAAGUAUGGAAUUUGUAUGGAAACGAUGGUGGUAUCUUCAGCUAGGCUGUAUGUUAUUAGUGAAUUUGGUUUAUGCCAAUCUAGAGUAUCAAAAAGAAACUCCUCCAAGCCUGCGUGAGAUUGACCAUCAGUGCUGGGAGGUAUCGUCCCAUGGGCUGGUGGAAAUGAAGAAACUCAAGGUAGCAGAUACAGUCAUUGCUCUCUGGGACUUCAUGAUGUUCCUAAAGGAAUCCCCUAAGCCCAAGCACAAUGACCUCUUCAAUGAUUUAGCCCAGAACUUCUGGGAUAUGUAUGUAGACUGUGUGCUCUCAAGAUCCCAUGGAAUGGGCAGAAGACAAUUAACAUCUCCCAAAUAUUCUUCCACGUACUCACACAGAACUUUAGAAGGGUCUGCUUUCACCAAUCCAUUUUAGGCCAAAAGGGGAGAAAAUGAAGAUACUUAAACAAGGCAACAUCAAAAUGAAGGAGUACAAAGGAGUACAAUGUGUAUUGUAGAUGUAUGGACAAAUCCUUUGGCAUGGUGCAAUCCUUUGUUUUCUUUUAUUUUUGUAUAAAGUAAUUAAUCACUCCUAAACUGAUAAGUACAUGAACCCCCACACUGUCCCUUUUGCUUUCCUGUCUUGCAGUCUACUAAGCUUGCCUUUUCCUCCCUCCAUGUGUGAAUGUGUUCUGAGUCAACACCUUUGUUUUCCCACAUAAACUUUAAAGUCUUGAUGUGUCA